CGAUCAAUCUACCGGAGUAUUUAGAUGCGAGAAGUGUAACAGGGACUAUCCAAAUUUCACGUAUCGCUUGCUGGCAAGUAUGAGUGUAGUAGACGCAACAGGCAGUCGCUGGAUAACUGCCUUCAGCGAAGAUGCUGAGAAAAUAUUGGGCAUGUCGGCGCAAGAGUUGGGGGAAUUAAAGGAGAACGAUAACGACGCUUAUAUGCAGAAAUUUGACGAAGUGAAUUUCAAGAGGUUCUUAUUCAGUUUAAGGGCGAAAUCAGAAUUUUUUCAGGAUGAAAUGAGAAUAAAACACGUCUGUAAGUCAGUUGCGCCGCUAAAUUACAAGACUUACCUAGCACAUCUGAUUGACAAAGUCUCCAAGUUGGUACACAUCGAGAAAUUGGAGUCCAACUAAAUAAGAUUUCAUACGUUUUGUUAAAAAAAAGUUCAAGAAGAUGAUUAAAGCUUAUAAGUUUGUACGUUUCAUUGAAGUAUUAUGAUCGUUUCGGUAUUUUUUCCAAGUGUCUUUUAUUUAGAUCGUUUCUAUUAUUGAAUGAAAUUCGAUUAAGUAUUCUUCAAUGUAAAAGAAGAAAACCGAAUGCAGCACGUAAGAUAAAAUUUAAAAUUAUAUUAAUCACAUUAAUUGAUCGUUACUUUCCACAAAGAUAUUUAUAAUUUUUUUUGUAUUAUUGCUAUAUAAUAGUAUAUAGUAUCAUUGUGCCUGCUGCACGAUUUUGGUAAAAUAAAUUUCUGAUUUACACAUUGA